AUUUUUACAUUUUUUUUUAUGCAGUUUCUCUAAAACAGUGGUUCUCAGACCUGUCCUGGAGUACCCCCAGCCCUGCAUGUGCUGUAUGUCUCCCUCAUCUAUUACACCUGAUUCAUCUCAUCAGUGGAGACUACAGGACCUGAAGUGACUCGGGGAUACGGGGAGAGAUACAAAAUAUGCAGUGCUGUGGAUAAAAUUUGAAGAUAAAAUUUUUGUUCAUUUUUGAAAAUGUUAAGUAACUAGAUGUAUAACUAGAAUAUUUGGGGUGUAACUAGAUCUAGUUAGGUGACUAGAAUUUUUGGGGUGUUUUUAGUAUCGUCAAGUUAUGUUUACCAAAGGUGUUUACCACAGGUUUUAGUUUACUCAUAAACUGGUAAACCCCCCUAGGAAAAUCUCGAAGGAAUCCCGCGGCGAAUUACUCUUCCGGAUUCUGACGUCAUAGUCCCUUGGCGUUCUCUACUGUUUAUUACAUGAUGGUAUUUGUUUGAAAGCGGCAUGACCAAAUUAACGACAUUAGGAUGGAUACAUAGCAGUUUAUAGUUGCUGGGGGACAGGACACUUUUAGAGUUGAUACCGCAAGAUAUUGCUAACAAAGCGCUGCAUUAGCUCGCUGCAUUAUAUUUCCUUCUGCUCAAUUUCCUUUACUAUUUGUGUGUAAAAAAAAAAAAAAUUACUACAAUCAACGGAUAAGGAAAUUCACAGUUCAUUUCUGAAAUGGAAUUUUAAACGUAUUUAAAUGUAUUUAUGUCAUCAAUCGUUGAUUGUCAGUAAGAUUAAGGUGAAGCAUGGUUCUAGCUAAGACUAGAGUGCUAGCGAUGACCAUGUCGUAAUUGGAUGAAUACUGACAUAAAUACUUAAAAACUCAAAGUGGAAAUCCUGGGUCAGACCGUCAAAUCUCUGACUUCAGCAUAAGCAAAGAGUCUGACUCUCUGCCCCGCGGCCGCCCCACUGAGACCAAUGAUAUGCCUUCACAGCUGCCCAUAGCUAUAUAAAAUUGGAGAACAACCAACUUCCAUUUACCAACUUCAUAUUCCACUUUUGUUUUUUUUUACUUUAAUCUAUUUAUAUCUGUUUUAAGAUAAGACAUAAAGGACAAAGGUUGUUGUAACUUUGUUACAUAAGUGUGUGAUUUUAAGUAUACUUAGACACAUGUCUCAAACAUGGUAAUCGAGCGAGUACAUGUGACGUAUUUGUUUAAAAUGUGUGAUCAUACUUUGAUUAAAAGUUAUGUUUGACCAUUUAAGAAUAUAUGUGUAUAAUUGUGUGCUGCUUUAGUCAAACAGUAUAAAAGUAAUUUAAAUGGAUCCAAAAGUUUGAGAUUACUUAGAAAAGUUGAAAUUUAAAGUCUUUGAUUCAAAACCUACUGUCUAAAAUCCGUAUUCCACAUGACACAGUAGAUAAAGUCUUAAAGGUUUGGAAUUAUAUGACGGGGAGUGACCAUUUUUGAUGUAAAUGAUCUCUUUCUAGAAAAAUUCUGUCAGUCAAGGAUAUAGUAGUAUAGUACAGUAAACUGUAUUACUGUAGUAUCAUGCUAUAAAAAGUAUUUGAGAUGCAACUGAAUGUUUUUUUCUCUCUGUUUUAGUAUAUAAUAUAAUUUAAUUAAAGUAAAAGAUGCUUCAAUAAAGUCCAUGACUUUCUUAAGUCAAAAUGAACAAGCUUUGACCUUUGAGGAAGAAGAAUGGAUGUCAUGGAUACACAUGUAAACAUGCCACCCAUAGACUUAGUUAUUUCACAGCUACAUUUUACAGAAGCGAGUGGCGUUGAAUUAAAAUCCAGGUAUAUUACAAUCUAGCUUAAUUUUAUUUGAAUAGCUAUUUUUUAAAUAAUGCCAAAAAGUCCAGUAUUCGGAACUGAGUGCUUAGUGGGUGACCCGAGAUUGGAAGAGGAAUUCAGGCGGUUAAAAAAACGAGACUUGACAGAGACGUACCUAUUUCAACUGGCAUGUGGUUCUUUGGGACCACAGAAAUGCAGUGGUGGUGACUUGAGGAAGCCUAAGAUGGAUAAGAUAAAAACAUCAACUCGUCCACAGCCGAAACAACUUGACGCUCAACCUGCUAUUCCUGCCUCUGCCCGCAGAGGCGCUGCUGAGUCCUACUCGCGUCUCCCUGGAGGCAAACCCGCGGAACACCCGGACUGGAUCCGGGACAGGAAAGCGUUCAGAGAAGCGCUUGAAAGGAUGGGAGACCUGCGCAGAUGGCUCCACAAUAAACCCAUUCUUACCGACUCGGAGUUUCUCGUUAUGGAACGAGACAGACAAGCUCAGCGGAUGUCAUCACUCCCUCCAGAAACAAGCAUUGCUCCAUCAGCACCAGAUGCUAUCACUUCUUCGCGCGAGCUUAGACGUGAAGUUGAAGACGUGAACAGCUUUCUGCGCAUGUGCGAACCCUGCAACCUCUUCAAACUCUUGGACUGGAACGAGACUGGUCAAUUAAAGCGUGUAGACCUCUGUAAUCAAUUUAAGAAGGAAGGCUUCUUCAUACAACCUGAGCGGUUAAAUGUGCUGAUGUCCUCUUUAAAUAGUAAAGAUGGAAACUCAGUAACUGUGGAAGACCUGGCUGCUGGUAUUCAGGCCUGGAGCAGAAAGCAUCAGGAAAAUGAAGAGCAGCAAUCAAACCCAGGUUAUUGGAAUGCAGACUGUGAGAAAAGGAUUGGGUCGAGACAUUAUCUUCCAAUACAUGGAGGGGAGAAAGAUGACCAGAAGGGCAUGCAGGAUGUGGAGGUGUUAGCGAUCAUUCGGAGAGUUCUGGCAGCCUCCAAGACCUCCUGCCCUUCUUCUCUGGGUGGACCUAUGGGCAGAGAAGUGGAUCGUUUCAGGAGACUUUGUUUCAGAGAAUAUCUGAAAUCACUGGAGCAAUGCCAACGACAAGCGCUUAAUGUGAGCCAGGCCACACUACAGAAAGUCCUGUUGCACCCUGGUGACAUGAGCAUGUCUAGCAUCUUCAAAUUGGGAGGGAAAGGUCACUUCGGGACACCCAAAACUCAUCAAGCUGAAGGUGGCACACAUAAGGGCCACAAAGAGAUGAAGAAGCAGCCGGUGUGCUGGGCAGACCCUAAUGCUUUCUGGCCUGGAAGGGAAGAUCAUGUGCGCUUGUUCCUGCCUGUAAAGACAAGCUCUCCUGCAAUGGUUUUAUUUCAGCGUAUCAAAACUACUGUUUUGCCAAGUCCUGGCCACUGGCCUGUAAAUCAUUUAGGAUACUCAACCUCUGGAGACAUAGAAGCUCACAAAACGUACACCCUCUAGAAUAACUUGUACCAUAUUGAAUGUCUGUAUUAAAUAGGACAUUUUUGUUCUGACUUUCUAAAAAGCAAAUUUCCAUUACCAUUAGUUUGCAUGCACAAGCAUUGAAGUAAUAGGUGCGCUGAUAUUUUUAGCUGCACAGGUUUUGUCACUCAACAUAUUCUAUCUUAUCUGUGACAGAUUCAACUAAAACAGUCAUGUUUGAUUUAAUAAAUAUAUUAUUAUAAUAUUUCUCUCUAUACUUUUUUUACAGUAUGAAGUGUGAAUGUACAAAUAUCUUGUGUGUGUUGUGUGAAUAGAGCCCUGUUUCUGUAUUCCUGAUACCAGGGUAUUUGCAUUAGGAAGUAUAAAGCAGAGUGACUAGUUUGAUGAUAUAGAUCAGGACACCUGUGAGUUAAAAAAAAAACAGAAAGAGCACACUUUAGCAGAGAGGCAGCAAAGAUGGAGGACAAAGAGAUGUCACGGAUUUCGAGUUCGCUCCUGUCGACGCGCGAGAACGGUCUUCUCUUCAGUUUACUAAGCAAUGACUGUAGUGUGAGUUUACUUUUUUUCUCUCAUCCCUUUAUCCUGUUUUUUUUUUAUAUAUAUAUCACCAGAUCUAAAUACCAUGUAUACAAUAAAGCAUACUGUGCACAAGAAUUACUGUUA